AUGUUUAAAAUUUUCCAUGGUAGCAAUGGCUUGAAAGAACUUUCAAACUGUGAUCUUGAUUAAAUUGUUGGUUUAAAAUUUACUCCAGCUUUAAAUUCAUUUAACCAAAAUGAUUUUUAAGCUCCUUCUCUAUUAAUACCUUAGUUAUAAAAGUGUAUUAAUCUCAAGACUUUAGACCUUAAUAUUAUCAUGAACGACAAUUUAGCACUAGAGUUAGGCUCUUCCUUAAAAAGCUUAAAAAAAUUAACAAAAAUUUCACUGAAUUUCUUCAAGCAACAAAUUGGAUUAGAUGGAAUUAAAAAUCUAUGUGAAGGUUUAUCUUAAUGUACUUCUUUAAAUCAUUUAUAUCUAAACUUAAGCUAUGGAAGAGUUUGUGAUGAAGGUUUAGCUAUUCUAAGUUCUACUAUAACAAAUUUAAAAAAUAUAUAAACAUUAUCAUUGCACUUAGGAGGCUAUAAAUUUGGUAUUCAAGGAUAUUAAGCUAUUGGUUAGGCUAUAUCUAAUAGUUUAAAUCUUACAAAAUUAAUUCUUUAACUUAAUUAGAUUAAUCUAGAUGAAUAAAGCUCUUAGAUAUUAGGUACUUCAAUAUCAAAAUGUUUUAAUCUUGUUGACCUAGAUAUAAACUUUGCAUAUUCUUAAAUUGAUGCAACAAAAAUAAAUGGCUUUUGUUCCGGUAUUGCUAACUGUUAGAGUCUUUAAAAAUUAAAUCUUUUACUUGAUGAAAAUAAAUUGGGAGAUAUUGGUGUUUAAUACCUCAGUUAAGCCCUAAGCAACUGCAAAAAUUUAAAGGAUCUAAAUCUUUUUCUUAAGAGAAAUGAAAUUGGGGAAUAGGGAGCUUCGUAACUAGGCUAGGCCUUUAAAAGCUGCUAAAGUUUAAAGAAGUUGAAUUUAUAUUUAGACUCAAACAAAAUUACUCCUUAAGGCCUGUAUGAUUUAUCUUUUGGGUUACAAUAAUGCUCAAGCCUAACUCAAUUAGAUCUCUCAAUACUCAAUAGUAACCUUGACUAGUAAAGUUUAACACUUUUAGGAAAAGGCUUUAUAAAUUGUUAAAGUUUGAAAACAUUGAAAUUAAAUUUAGGUUUCUAAAAUCUAGGCAGUAAUAGUGCUUCUGAGUUAUGUUCUUACUUAUCAAACUGUUAGUCUAUACAAAAUUUAACAUUAGUUAUUUCUGACUGUAGAAUUAGAGACUAGGGAGUAUCUAAUUUAGGACAGUAGUUUAAAAAAUUUCCAAAUCUUAUUAGUUUAUCUAUCAACCUUGAAUCAAACUAAAUUUCAUCAGCAAGUGUUCAAAAUUUAGUUUCUGGAUUUUCUGACUGCUAGAAUCUUUAAUCUCUAACUUUAGAUCUUGGAUCUAAUGCUAUUGAUGAUUAAGGUAUUUUAGAUUUAAGUUCAGGAUUGGUUAAAUGCAAAUAACUAUAGAAAUUACAGCUUGCAAUACCAAUGAAUGAAAUUUCUGAUGAAGGUGUUGAGAAUCUUGCUAAAAAUUUGACUAAAAUUAAUCAUCUUACAGUUUUAAGUCUUAAUCUUUUCAGAAACAAUAUUCAAGAUUAAGGUGUUUUUGCCCUUUGUUAAGUACUUUUAAAAUGUAAAAGCAUUAAGAAUCUCACUUUAAACUUACGUUAUAAUUAAAUCAGUAAUCUUGGAGUUAAAGAAUUAGCAAAAUGUUUACAAUGCUGUAAUAAUAUCUCAGUUGUAAAUCUUGAUAUAUUAAUGAAUUUUUCUGUAGAUCAGCAGUAGUAUUAAAAAUUAUACUAAGCAGUGAAAAAGUAAACUAAUCUAGUUCAUUUUUUCCAUUUUUGA